AUGACGGAAAGCCAAACUCAACAACAAACUGUGCAAACCACAACGGCCGAACCGGUCACUGCCCAAAAUGAAGCUUCUCAGCAAACCCUACAGCAGAGUCCGAUAGAGAGCUCAGAGCAGCAGUCUGUGUCAUCAGAGCUCCAAAAUCCUUCUGCUACAAGUUCGGAAACCCAACAACAAACGGAAAACUCGGAAAAUAACGAAGCUGCCAUCACACCGGCAAAUGCCACCAGAGGCGGCAGAGAAACUUCCGACAGAAUACUUUAUGUCGGAAAUCUAGACCUGUCAGUGACCGACGGCAUGCUAAGACAGUAUUUCCAGGUUGGUGGUCCAAUCUCUAAUGUGAAAAUAUUAAUGGAUAAAAACAACAAAUCUGCAAACUACGCCUUUGUCGAGUUCGAAAAGCCCCACGACGCCAGCGUUGCGUUUGAGACUCUAGACGGAAGACAGAUCGAGAACAACGUGGUCAAGAUCAAUUGGGCAUUCCAGUCGCAACAAGUUUCAUCAGACGACACUUACAACUUGUUUGUCGGGGAUCUCAGUGUCGAUGUCGAUGACGAGACCCUUGCCAACACUUUCAAAAGCUUCCCAAGCUUCAUCCAAGCUCAUGUAAUGUGGGAUAUGCAAACUGGCAGAUCCAGAGGCUACGGAUUUGUCUCCUUUGGCGAACAGAGUCAAGCUCAAAAGGCCAUGGAGCACAACCAGGGCGCUGUUGUAAACGGAAGGGCCAUUCGCGUGAACUGGGCCUCCAAACGUGAGCAAAAUAUCAACAGUCACAACAGUAAUCACAAUAGCCACAACAAUGGUUACCCACUGAAUAGCAGGGGGUUUGGACCUCGUCGUGGCGGUCAUCGUGGUGGCAAUCAAUACAGGGGACCCAUGGUUCCAGUUGGCGUCCCAGGUGCUCCUCAUGGCGGCCCCAUGGGCGCCAUGGGGAUGCCACCCAACGCGAUGCCUCAGCCUCAAGGGCCCGUGAUGCUUCCUCAACUACCACCUCAAGCUGUAGAAGCAAUGGUUUCCAGUGCUCCAGUCAGAAUCACAACCGUGUACAUCGGAAAUAUCUCCCACUUUGCGUCUGAACAAGAUUUAAUUCCUUUGCUACAGAAUUUCGGGUUCAUUGUGGACUUCAAGCACUACGCCGAUAGAGGUUGCUGUUUUGUAAAAUACGGAACCCACGAACAGGCAGCAGUAUGCAUAUUAUCUUUGGGUAACUUUCCCUUCCAGGGCAGAAACCUGAGAACUGGUUGGGGCAAAGAAAAGCCCACGUACGUUGCCCAGCCCAGACCUGAGGCAAUGGGAUACGCUGUUGGACAACCAAUGCCUAUGGAACAAGAAAGUACUUUCCAGUCCUCAGCGCAACCAAUGAGCAUAAUUCCAGGAGAAGAUCAGAACGAGUUUCAGUGA